UCUCAGGAGAGAGGAGCGCGAGCGCAUCUGCAGAGAGAGAGAGAGAGAGACGCUGCCUCGCGCCGCCAUGAUGAAGGUGACGCUGUGGUAGGACCCGCCAACCGUCAGGCCGCCGCGGCGUCGCGCGAGGAGCCCGAACCGACCAUGAAGCCGCUGCUGCCGCUCGUGCUGACGCUCUUGUGGCGCGAGGCGCUGUGCGGAUCCCCGAGCGUCCAGAUCGGUGGGCUGUUCCCCCGGGGGGCCGAUCAGGAAUACAGUGCAUUCCGGGUCGGCAUGGUCCAGUUCGGGAUGGCAGACUUCAGACUCACGCCUCACAUCGACAACCUGGAGGUGGCCAACAGCUUCGCCGUCACCAACUGCUUUUGUUCCCAGUUCUCUCGAGGCGUCUACGCUAUCUUUGGCUUCUACGACAAGAAGUCGGUGAACACCAUCACGUCUUUCUGCGAGACGCUGCACGUGUCCUUCAUCACGCCGUCGUUCCCGGCUGAAGGGAUGAACCAGUUCAUUCUCCUGAUGCGGCCCGACAUCAAAGGCCCCCUGGUGUCGCUGGUGGAGUACUACAAGUGGGAGAGGUUCGCCUACCUGUACGACAGCGAUCGAGGUCUUUCUACUCUUCAGGUAAUACUGGACACGGCAGCAGAGAAGAAGUGGGCUGUCACAGCAAUCAACGUAGGAAACCUCAAAGAUGAGAGGAAGGACGAAGCCUACCGCUCCCUGUUUCAGGACCUGGAGAUCCGUAAGGAGCGACGCAUCAUCCUGGACUGUGAACAAGACAAAGUCCGAGACAUCAUGGAGCAGGUGAUCACGAUCGGCCGGCAUGUGAAGGGUUACCACUAUAUCAUCGCUAACCUGGGUUUCGUCGACGGCGACCUCUCCAAGAUCCAGUACGGAGGAGCCAACAUGUCUGGGUUCCAGAUCGUAGACUUCGAUGAUCCUCUGGUGGCAAAGUUUGACCAGCGCUGGGAGGCGCUGGAGGAGAAGGAGUAUCCCGGAGCGGACUCACGGAUCAAAUACACCUCCGCCCUCACCUACGACGCCGUGCACGUGAUGACGGAGGCGUUCCGCUUCCUCCACAAGCAGAGAAUAGACAUGAGUCGCCGUGGCAACAGUGGAGACUGUCUGGCCAAUCCGGCGGUUCCCUGGGCUCAGGGGGUGGAGAUUGAGCGAGCCCUCAAACAGGUGCGUGUGGACGGUCUCACCGGGAACAUUCAGUUCGACCAGUACGGGAAGAGGAUCAACUACUCGGUGACCGUCAUGGAGCUGAAGAACAGUGGACCCAUCAAGAUCGGCUAUUGGAACGAGGUGGAUAAAAUGGUGGUGACGAAGUCCGACCUGUACCCCAACGACACGAUGGGGAUGGAGAACAAGACGAUCAUCGUCUCCACCAUCCUGGAAGCCCCGUAUGUGAUGCUCAAGAAGAACUCUGAGCUGUUACAAGACAACGACCGUUACGAAGGCUACUGCGUUGACCUCGCUACCGAGAUUGCGAAACACUGUGGCAUCCGCUACCAGCUAAGAGUUGUGGGGGAUGGAAAAUAUGGAGCGAGAGACGCAGAGACCAAGAUCUGGAACGGUAUGGUGGGAGAGCUGGUGUACGGGAAAGCCGACAUCGCCGUCGCCCCUCUCACCAUCACUCUGGUCCGUGAGGAGGUGAUCGACUUCUCCAAACCCUUCAUGUCUUUGGGAAUCUCCAUCAUGAUCAAGAAGCCGCAGAAGUCCAAACCGGGAGUGUUCUCCUUCCUGGACCCGCUGGCCUACGAGAUCUGGAUGUGCAUCGUCUUCGCCUACAUCGGAGUUAGUGUUGUUCUCUUUCUGGUAUCCAGAUUCAGCCCCUACGAGUGGACGCUCGAGGAGCCGGAGGACGGAGCCAUGCCGCUCACCACGGAGUCAAACAACGAGUUUGGGAUCUUCAACUCCCUGUGGUUCUCUUUGGGGGCGUUCAUGCGGCAGGGCUGUGACAUCUCCCCAAGAUCUCUGUCCGGCCGCAUCGUAGGGGGGGUGUGGUGGUUCUUCACCCUGAUCAUCAUCUCGUCCUACACCGCCAACCUGGCCGCCUUCCUGACGGUGGAGAGGAUGGUGUCGCCCAUCGAGAGCGCCGAGGACCUGGCCAAGCAGACCGACAUCGCCUACGGAACCCUGGACUCCGGAUCCACCAAGGAGUUCUUCAGGCGCUCAAAAAUCGCCCUGUUCGACAAGAUGUGGCAGUACAUGAAAUCGGCAGAGCCCUCCGUCUUCGUCAAGAAGACGUCGGAGGGCGUCCUGCGCGUCCGGAAGUCCAAAGGGAAGUACGCCUACCUGCUGGAGUCCACCAUGAACGAGUACAUCGAGCAGAGGAAACCCUGCGACACCAUGAAAGUGGGCGGGAACCUGGACUCCAAGGGCUACGGCAUCGCCACGCCCAAAGGAUCUCCAUUAAGAGUGCCAGUAAACCUUGCCGUAUUGAAACUGAAUGAGCAAGGGACCCUAGACAAGAUGAAAAACAAGUGGUGGUACGAUAAAGGAGAGUGUGGCUUCAAGGACUCCACCAAUAAGGAGAAGACCAGCGCCCUGUCGCUCAGCAACGUGGCCGGAGUCUUCUACAUCCUGGUGGGGGGGCUCGGCCUGGCCAUGAUGGUGGCGCUGGUCGAGUUCUGCUACAAGAGCCGCGCAGAGGCCAAGAAAAUGAAGGUGAAGUUCACGGACGCGAUGCGCUCCAAAGCUCGUCUCUCCAUCACAGGGUCGACCGGGGAGAACGGCCGCAUCCCGGUGGCUUCCCUCCGUCCAGGAUUACCCAUGAGCCUCAGCAUGACCGAUCUGUCCUGACCACGCCCGAGCCAGUGCCUUACAGCCAAUCAACUCCCCCCCCCCCCCCUCUGAACGCGAGUGGAUUAACGCUCGUCAUCUUCUCCGGUGACCAAUCGGCGCUCGCCGCGGGCGACCCGCCCCCGAUUCUCAAUCCGGAGUUUAGCCAAUCGCGUCUCUCCGAGGACUCGUUAACCCCCGGCCUCCACAGACUGCCCCCCCCCCCCCCCCAGCCGUCGGGCUUUAAGACGGACUCACCUCAACAAGAUGGCCGCUCAUUUACAAAUCCAUGAACAAGGAUGAAGCACAGCGGACAGUUUUCUAAACACACGGCGUUGUUUUUCGUAGAUUUCUUUGGGUCACGGAGGCUUUAGAAGACGACGGCGCCGCGGUGACAUCGGGCGGGACGCGCAUUCAAAAACCCCGACGUCCUGAAACGUUGCGUCCACGACUAACGUGUAAAAUUAUGAUAUUAUGAUGUUUUUGAUCUUAAUUGUUUUCCUUAUUUCUGCUUGAACAUCCCUAAUUAUUAAGAGACCCAAGAUGCAUGGACUGACACACACACACACACACACACACAUGGAUACAGACACGAUACAGGGAUGGGUGAAAACUAAUGAAAUUAUAUGUUGAUACUAAAUAAUGUACAAAAGCCCCUUUGUAUAGGAAUUCUAAGAGAGUAAUAUUAGUAAUAAUAUGUUAAUAUUUAAAACCACCAACCAAAGGCACCCUGGGUUGCGCAACAUGUAGACUUCACUUUUAUUCCAUCAACAGUUAGAAAGACGAAAUAAAUAAAAAGACUGAGAGCCAAAGUGUUUUAACUUAACAAGUAUUUAUGUACAAAUAUACUACAUUUGGUACAUUAAUUCAUUAUUAAAUUGAUAAAUUAUU